AUGGAAUCUGGGAAAAGGGGAUGGAACCUGGGAGAAGGGGAUGGAAUCUGGGAGAAGGGGAUGGAAUUGGGAAGAAGGGGAUGGAAUCUGGGAGAAGGGGAUGGAAUCUGGGAGAAGGGAAUGGAAUAUGGGAGAAGGGGAUGGAAUCGGGGAGAAGGGGAUGGAAUCUGGGAGAAAGGGAUGGAAUCUGGGAGAAGGGGAUGGAAUCUGGGAGAAGGGGAUGGAAUCAGGGAGAAGGGGAUGGAAUCGGGAGAAGGGGAUGGAAUCUGGGAGAAGGGGAUGGAAUCUGGGAGAAGGGGAUGGAAUCUGGGAGAAGGGGAUGGAACGAGUGAGAAGGGGAUGGAAUCGGGGAGAAGGGGAUGGAAUCUGGGAGAAAGGGAUGCAAUCUGGGAAAAGGGGAUGGAAUCUGGGAGAAGGGGAUGGAAUCUGGGAGAAGGAGAUGGAAUCUGGGAGAAGGGGAUGGAAUCUGGGAGAAGGGGAUGGAAUCUGGGAGAAGGGGAUGGAAUUUGCGAGAAGGGGAUGGAAUCUGGAAGAAGGGGAUGGAAUCUGGAAGAAGGGGAUGGAAUCUGGGAGAAGGGGAUGGAAUCUGGGAAAAGGGGAUGGAAUCUGGGAGAAGGGGACGGAAUCUGGGAAAAGGGGAUGGAAUCUGGGAGAAGGGGACGGAAUCUGGGAGAAGGUGAUGGAAUCAGGGAGAAGGGGAUGGAAUCAGGGAGAAGGGGAUGGAAUCUGGGAGAAGGGGAUGGAAUCUGGGAGAAGGGGGUGGAAUCAGGGAGAAGGGGAUGGAAUUUGGGAGAAGGGGAUGGAAUCAGGGAGAAGGGGAUGGAAUAUGGGAGAAGGGGAUGGAAUCUGGGAGAAGGGGAUGGAAUCUGGGAGAAGGGGAUGGAAUCUGGGAGAAGGGGAUGGAAUCUGGGAGAAGGGGAUGAAAUCUGGGAGAAGGGGAUGGAAUUAGGGAGAAGGGGAUGGAUUCUGGGAGAAAGGGAUGCAAUCUGGGAAAAGGGGAUGGAAUCUGGGAGAAGGGGAUGGAAUCAGGGAGAAGGGGAUGAAAUCUGGGAGAAGGGGAUGGAACGAGGGGUGGAAUCGGGGAGAAGGGGAUGGAAUUUGGGAGAAGGGGAUGGAAUCGGGGAGAACGGGAUGGAAUCUGGGAGAAGGGGAUGGAAUCUGGGAGAAGGGGAUGGAAUCUGGGAGAAGGGGAUGGAAUCUGGGAGAAGGGGAUGGAAUCAAGGAGAAGGGGAUGAAAUCUGGGAGAAGGGGAUGGAACGAGUGAGAAGAGGAUGGAAUGAGGGAGAAAAGGAUGGAAUCUGGGAGAAAGGGAUGCAAUCUGGGAAAAGGGGAUGGAAUCUGGGAGAAGGGGAUGGAAUCAGGGAGAAGAAGAUGGAAUCUGGGAGAAGGGGAUGGAAUCUGGGAGAAGGGGAUGGAAUCUGGGAGAAGGGGAUGGAAUCUGGGAGAAGGGGAUGGAAUCAGGGAGAAGGGGAUGGAAUCUGGGAGAAGGGGAUGGAACGAGUGAGAAGGGGAUGGAAUUGGGGAGAAGGGGAUGGAAUCUGGGAGAAAGGGAUGCAAUCUGGGAAAAGGGGAUGGAAUCUGGGAGAAGGGGAUGGAAUCAGGGAGAAGGAGAUGGAAUCUGGGAGAAGGGGAUGGAAUCUGGGAGAAGGGGAUGGAAUUUGGGAGAAGGAGAUGGAAUCUGGGAGAAGGGGAUGGAAUCUAGGAGAAGGGGAUGGAAUGAGGGAGAAGGGGAUGGAAUCUGGGAGAAGGGGAUGGAAUGAGGGAGAAUGGGAUGGAAUCUGGGAAAAGGGGAUGGAACCUGGGAGAAGGGGAUGGAAUCUGGGAGAAGGGGAUGGAAUCGGGAAGAAGGGGAUGGAAUCUGGGAGAAGGGGAUGGAAUCUGGGAGAAGGGAAUGGAAUCUGGGAGAAGGGGAUGGAAUCGGGGAGAAGGGGAUGGAAUCUGGGAGAAAGGGAUGGAAUCUGGGAGAAGGGGAUGGAAUCUGGGAGAAGGGGAUGGAAUCGGGGAGAAGGGGAUGGAAUCUGGGAGAAGGGGAUGGAAUCUGGGAGAAGGGGAUGGAAUCUGGGAGAAGGGGAUGGAACGAGUGAGAAGUGGAUGGAAUCGGGGAGAAGGGGAUGGAAUCUGGGAGAAAGGGAUGCAAUCUGGGAAAAGGGGAUGGAAUCUGGGAGAAGGGGAUGGAAUCUGGGAGAAGGAGAUGGAAUCUGGGAGAAGGGGAUGGAAUCUGGGAGAAGGGGAUGGAAUCUGGGAGAAUGGGAUGGAAUCUGGGAGAAGGGGAUGGAAUCCGGGAGAAGGGGGGAGAAGGGGAUGGAAUCUGGGAGAAGGAGAUGGAAUGAGGGAGAAGAGGAUGGAAUCUGGGAGAAGGGGAUGGAAUCAGGGAGAAGGGGAUGGAAUCUGGAAGAAGGGGAUGGAAUCUGGGAGAAGGGGAUGAAAUCUAGGAGAAGGGGAUGGAAUCUAGGAGAAGGGGAUGGAAUCUGGGAGAAGGGAUGGAAUCUGGGAGAAGGGGAUGGAAUCUGGGAGAAGGGGAUGGAAUCUGGGAGAAGGGGAUGGAAUCAGGGAGAAGGGGAUGGAAUCUGGGAGAAGGGGAUGGAAUCUGGGAGAAGGGGGUGGAAUCAGGGAGAAGGGGAUGGAAUUUGGGAGAAGGGGAUGGAAUCAGGGAGAAGGGGAUGGAAUCUGGGAGAAGGGGAUGGAAUCUGGGCGAAGGGGAUGGAAUCUGGGAGAAGGGGAUGGAAUCUGGGAGAAGGGGAUGGAAUCUGGGAGAAGGGGAUGGAAUGGAGGAGAAGGGGAUGGAAUCUGGGGAGAAGGGGAUGGAAUCUGGGAGAAGGGGAUGGAAUCUGGGAGAAGGGGAUGGAAUCUGGGAGAAGGGGAUGGAAUCUGGGAGAAGGGGAUGGAAUGAGGGAGAAGGGGAUGGAAUCUGGAAGAAGGGGAUGGAAUCUGGGAGAAGGGGAUGGAAUCUGGGAGAAGGGGGGAGAAGGGGAUGGAAUCUGGGAGAAGGGGAUGGAAUCUGGGAGAAGGGGUGGAAUCAGGGAGAAGGGGAUGGAAUCUGGGAGAAGGGGAUGGAAUCAGGGAGAAGGGAUGGAAUCUGGGAGAAGGGGAUGGAAUCUGGGAGAAGGGGAUGGAAUCUGGGAGAAGGGGAUGGAAUCUGGGAGAAGGAGAUGGAAUGAGGGAGAAGAGGGAUGGAAUCUGGGAGAAGGGGAUGGAAUCUGGGAGAAGGGGAUGGAAUCUGGAAGAAGGGGAUGGAAUCUGGGAGAAGGGGAUGAAAUCUGGGAGAAGGGGAUGGAAUCUAGGAGAAGGGAUGGAAUCUGGGAGAAGGGAUGGAAUCUGGGAGAAGGGGAUGGUAUCUGGGAGAAGGGGAUGGAAUCUGGGAGAAGGGGAUGGAAUCAGGGAGAAGGGGAUGGAAUCUGGGAGAAGGGGAUGGAAUCUGGGAGAAGGGGUGGAAUCAGGGAGAAGGGAUGGAAUUUGGGAGAAGGGGAUGGAAUCUGGGAGAAGGGGAUGGAAUCUGGGAGAAGGGGAUGGAAUCUGGGAGAAGGGGAUGGAAUCUGGGAGAAGGGGAUGGAAUCUGGGAGAAGGGGAUGGAAUCUGGGAGAAGGGGAUGGAAUUGGAGAGAAGGGGAUGGAUCUGGGAGAAGGGGAUGGAAUCUGGAGAAGGGGAUGGAAUCUGGGAGAAGGGGAUGGAAUCUGGGAGAAGGGGAUGGAAUCUGGGAGAAGGGGAUGGAAUGAGGGAGAAGGGGAUGGAAUCUGGAAGAAGGGGAUGGAAUCUGGGAGAAGGGGAUGGAAUGGAGGAGAAGGGAUGGAAUCUGGGAGAAGGGGAUGGAAUCUGGGAGAAGGGGAUGGAAUCUGGGAGAAGGGGAUGGAAUCUGGGAGAAGGGGAUGGAAUCUGGGAGAAGGGGAUGGAAUGAGGGAGAUGGGGAUGGAAUCUGGGAGAAGGGGAUGGAAUCUGGGAGAAGGGGAUGGAAUCUGGGAGAAGGGGAUGGAAUCGGAAGAAGGGGAUGGAAUCUGGGAGAAGGGGAUGGAAUCUGGGAGAAGGGAAUGGAAUCUGGGAGAAGGGGAUGGAAUCGGGAGAAGGGGAUGGAAUCUGGGAGAAAGGGAUGGAAUCUGGAGAAGGGAUGGAAUCUGGGAGAAGGGGAUGGAAUCUGGAGAAGGGGAUGGAAUCUGGGAGAGGGGAUGGAAUCUGGAGAAGGGGAUGGAAUCUGGGAGAAGGGAUGGAACGAGUGAGAAAGUGGAUGGAAUCGGGGAGAAGGGGAUGGAAUCUGGGAGAAGGGGAUGGAAUCUGGAAGAAGGGGAUGGAAUCUGGGAGAAGGGGAUGGAAUCUGGGAGAAGGGGAUGGAAUCUGGGAGAAGGGGAUGAAUCUGGGAGAAGGGGAUGGAAUCUGGGAGAAUGGGAUGGAAUCUGGGAGAAGGGAUGGAAUCCGGGAGAAGGGGAUGAAAUCUGGGAGAAGGGGAUGGAAUCAGGGAGAAGGGGAUGGAAUCUGGGAGAAGGGAUGGAAUCUGGGAGAAGGGGAUGGAAUCUGGGAGAAGGGGAUGGAACGAGUGAGAAGGGAUGGAUCGGGGAGAAGGGGAUGGAAUCUGGGAGAAGGGAUGGAAUCUGGGAAGAGGGGAUGGAAUCUGGGAGAAGGGGAUGGAAUCUGGGAGAAGGGGUUGGAAUCUGGGAGAAGGGGAUGGAAUCUGGGAGAAGGGGAUGGAAUCUGGGAGAAGGGGAUGGAAUCUGGGAGGAAUGGGGAUGGGAUCUGGGAGAAGGGGAUGAAAUCUGGGAGAAGGGGAUGGAAUCAGGGAGAAGGGAUGGAAUCUGGGGAGAAGGAGAUGGAAUGAGGGAAAGAGAUGGAAUCUGGGAGAAGGGGAUGGAAUCAGGGAGAAGGGGAUGGGAAUCUGGAAGAAGGGGAUGGAAUCUGGGAGAAGGGGAUGAAAUCUAG